AUCACCGCGAAUCCUUUGAGUUCAUGCUGGAGAAUUAGACAGCAAGAGAAUGGAGAAAGAAAGCCCAGUUUAAAUCUUUAGAAACGCAUGAGCUAAAUAAUGAGACCUGGGACACGAGAUAAACAUAACAGGCUUGUAUGCACUUUGACAUUUUCUCUAAGAAAGAAUCAUAUUAAUGUGACGGUCGCUGGGUAUCCUAAUCGGUUGCUAUAGAAACUGGGCUAACAAAACUUGUCAAGUCUUUGUGAAACUACGAAUGAGCAUGUAGUUAAAUGUUAAACUGCUUUUUAAUAUAUAUUACAACAUCUUAGUUAUUAGAUGACCUAUUGUGUCAUUUUUAUCAUAAAAUAAAAUUUACUACUAGCAGUUAACGUUACGUUUUAACAGUCGAUAUGGUUUAAGCGUCGUAUUCGCUGCCAUCAGAUAAUAUUAAUAUCACGUGAGAAUAAAAUGAAAAGAGGAGAUCAGAUGCGCAAACGAUCACCAACAGCGGGAUCCAAGUGUUCCAAAAACCUCAAGAGCAAAACUGUGUCCCCCAACGCCAUCUCAUGCUUGGAGACUGACGAUGGAGGUCUUCGAGAUGAUCCCAGUGAGGAUGAUAAAAGACAAUAUAAGGGGACAAGAUACAUCACAGAAGACCUGAUCAGGAAAUUGACUAAAUGUGAAAAUUUAGUCCUUGUGCGGACUCUGGAUUUGUCUAUGUCUACGGGAAGUGACAAACAAUUUAGGUAUAUUGAAAAUUUGGAUAAGUGUGAGCGCUUACAGGUUCUCAACCUCAGUAACAACAGGAUCGAGAAGAUAGAGAAACUAGAGAAACUAUGUCAUUUACGGGAACUCCACCUUUCCAGCAACAGAAUACAAAAAAUUGAAGGUCUAGAGCACAUGACAAAUCUUCAGGUUCUGAAUUUGGCCUUCAACAACAUUGAACAUCUUUCAGUUUGGAUGGCAAAGAAGCUCAGAUCUCUUCAUACUAUAAAUCUACAGAGCAACAAGAUAUUCUCACUUCAUGAGGUAACUAAACUGAAGCCCCUGAAGAACCUGACGAGUCUGACAUUAGCAGAAAACCCCAUCUCCAGUCUGCCCCAUUAUCACCUCUUCCUAAUCUUCCAUCUGAGGUCACUGGAAAUAUUAGAUGGACAACCAGUCAGUCCACAGGAAAGAGAGCAAGCACAUCAACGCUUUCACAUAGUGGAAGUUGAACGUUUGGAGCAAGAGCUGGAGUUGAGAGCUGAAGAGAUUGCACAGCUUCAGAGAGAGCGGACCACAGCACUGGAAGAGCUAGAGCGGCAGGAAACGAACAACCAAAACCUGAGGCAACAGCAUCUGGAGCAACAGCGGAGCCAUGAAGAACUCCAGAGAGAACUGGAGAGCAAAUCUGAAUUGCUGAAGCAGAAAACAGUGGAGUUGACCCGGGCCUGUCAGAAACAUUAUGAGCUUGAGCAGGAGUUGGCUUUCCACAAAAUAGAUGCCAAGUUUGAACCUCUUCCAUUUUAUCCAGAUCCUGAGGUGGAGGUAGAGAACCUUUCUAGCGAGAGUCCAUACAUAGGAAAGUCUCGUCAGAAAAGGAACAUCACGUUCCCAUUGGAGACGGAUAGCAUGGGUGCACAAGAUCAGCACAAGCCCUCCUCAGCAGACCUGACUGAGACAGAUGGCCCAGGAGAACAUGACAUGUCCCGACAUGCUCAGCUCAGAGCUGAGGAGCGAUUAAAGCAGUUACAUAAAGAAAUUGAGGCAAGAGAACAGCAGAUCCUUAUAGCCAGUGAAGAGCUCCGGCAGCUAGAGGACACAGUUUCCCAGAGACGGAUCUGUGAGGCUGAGAAGGAGCAGCUCAGGCAGGAGCUUCAGAGGAGAAUACAGAGGCUGGGAGAGAUGAAAGGAGAGAUGGAGUCGAUGGAGAGGCAGCUGGACAGACUGAAUGUUGAGAGGAACCGAGCCCAGGAGGAAAUGGACCAGCUGCAGAAUCUACUGCACAGCCUGGAACCCAGUGACCCCAGACAUGCCCAUGUGAAGGCUCAGUUGUCCAAGAAAUCACAGUUGCUGGCCAUCAUGAGCAGAAAGCACCAGGAACUGGAGAGUAGGCUGGAUGACAUGAUCACACGCAUCCACAAGGAGGCACAGGAGAUCAAAGAACUAGAGCAACAACUUACUGAUGGUCAGAUCGCUGCUAAUGAAGCUCUCAAGCGUGACUUGGAGGGCAUCAUCUCAGGUCUCCAGGAGUAUCUGCAUGGGGUGAAGGACCAAGCACGAAGAGCCCAGUUAGACUGCAAACGUCUGCGGAGGGAGAAAGAGGCUCUGCAACACCUCCUAUGUGAGAAGGAGCUGCAAUGCACCCAGCUGGAGAAAGAAGCUCUGAGUGCUGAAAGCGCACAGGAGGAGCUUCAGCAUCAGCAGCAGGAGUUGGAGGAUCUGAGGAAGGAGAAUGAAGAGCUGAAGCAGGCUCAGGGGCAGGUCAGUGAAUAUGAGGCAGAGCUGGAGACCCAACUGAAGGACAGAGACACCGAGGCCACAAAACUGAAGGAGGAGCUGGGCAGACUACGUCGGCUAAGUCAAAUGGAGCAUUCUGCACUGCAGGCGGAGCUGCAGAAAGAAAGACAGGCAAAAGAGAAUGCUUUAGCACAGAUGCAGAUGGCUGCUGACAAAGAGCUUGAGAACACAGAGCUUCUGCAACAGGUCAACACUCUCCAGGAGGAAAGAGACAGUCUUAUGAAGAAGGUGGAUGCUCUUCAGGGUGAUUUGGAACAGGUUAGGGAGGAGCUGCUUUGCCCGGAGAGUGUGGCUAAACAUUUAGGGGAGCUGAGAAGAGGCAUAGCUACAGGACAAGAGAUACUAAGCUUUGAGGACCUUGGGGAACCAGUAAACAAGAAAUUCAUGGAGCUACAACAGGAAGUGCAUCAUGUAGUAUCUGCUGCUCAGAGAGACAGAGAUGAGGCUCAGCGCUGUCAGGAAAGACUUGCUGGAGAGAUGAGUUCACUCAGAGAGAGACUCAGGAAGUACCAAGAAAGAUACCAAACUCAGGCAGCAGAGAGACGGGCUGAGGAGGCGGAGCUUCAUAGAUUGAGGAAGGAGCUGGAAGAUGCUCAUGAGCAGCAGUACUUGAUGCUUCAGCGUUUAGAGGAGACAGAAAUGGACAGGGGCCGUCUUCUUGCUGAAUUAGAAGAACAAGAUAAACAGGUAAAAGCUGAGGAGAGCCAGACUCAGGAGCAGCUAGAGUCUCUCAGUCUGGAGUUGCAGGCACUCAGGAGAUCAUUUUCCUCUGCUGACAGAAUGGCUGCCCAACAACUAACUGCAGCAAAGGACAAACUUCACUCUCUUCAUAGCACUAUAGAGAAAAUACAUCAGGAGAGAGCAGCGAAUGCAGAGGAGUUACAAAGCACCAAGAUUCAGGCUGCCCAGGCCAUUCAGGACUUGGCUAAUGCCGAAGCAGAAAUCGAGGUUCUUCAGAAGCUUUUGAGAGAUAGGGUUCAUGAAACAGAUGGGAAUUUCCACAGUGUCCCAAAUUCUAGUAUUCAACAGCAAGAAUUGGACAGAUUAAACCAAACCUUGAAAAGACAACAGGCCCAAACCAAACGUCUCAGAGAUCAACUAGCCCAAGCCAAAGAAGCUAACAACGUAAAUCUAGAAGAGCUGCUGGAAGAGAUUGGAGCACUGAGGGAGACUCUUCUACAGCAGAAUAACUUCCUGUCCAGUUUAGCAGAUCCCCUGCCAAACACAGGAUGUUGGUACUAUGUACCGUCAAAUCAAAAUGCCCCUAGUUUUGGAUCUCAGGGCACACAAGACUCAGGACUGGGUUCUGUGCACCCACAAUCCCCUGAGAGGGGCCGGCGACCCGGCCACAGAGCACACAGGGAGAGAAGACCUCCUGUUAAUGGAGGAUAUUGGGUCUAUUCGCCCCAACCACAUGCUCAUGGAAAGAGAGAUGCGCAGAUGUUCAGAGACAGUGGAAGAGAGAGCGAUGUAGAGGGGGUGUCUGGGACACGCUUCACGCCUCCAUCAGGCUCUGCAGGAUUUACUCUACCUGAGGGUGCUGCUUUUCCUCCUGGUUCAUUUAUCUACAAUCAACCUGUGCCUGGGUUUCCCAUUGGCUCAAGUACAGUCCUCUAUGGACCGCCCCCUGAUGGAGCCAGGCUGGUGUACGGACCUCCUCCCAGCAAUCUUACUAUUCCUCUGGUGCCUAAUGGGACGCUGCACUGUAAUGUGCCUGGACAUCAGGACUUGGAGCGAGAUCUGAAAAAGGCAGAGCGUAGGCUGAAAGAGGAGAGUGUUGAUAGAGCUCACAGUGAGAAAGAACAACAAGCACUUCAGGACGAAACAUCAGACCUACAGCAGGAAAUCAAACGUCUACGCAGGACUGUCCACACACUGCAGCGCCACACGAGUGGGCUGGAAAGCUCCUUAUCACAUGAGGAGGAGAAGUGUGUGCUGGGAGAGGUGGAGUGUGUGGAGAAAACCCUGCUGAAACGCAGAGCAGAGCUCAGAGAGGCUGACAGACUGCUGCUAGAGGCUGAGACAGAGCUCAAAGACACUCGAGCCAAGACUAAAGUGAGCGUGCAGCGCUACAAUGAGGCCAGGAGGCGAGUUGAAGAGACAGAACGAGAGCUGGUGGAGAUGGAACAGAGAGCUCAAGACACCGCCACACAGCUGGUGCAAACCAAUCAACAGCUCAGGAAUCUUCAAGAGGAGGUUAAGGAGCUGCAGAAAAGAAAACAGGACCAAGAACACACUCUACACAAAGUACAGGAGGUCCUCACAUGUCAAGAUGCAAAGUUUCAAGAAGUCAACAGAAAGUUGGAGAAAGUGACUGACAGUCUGGAAACUGCUGAGAAAGAGCUCAGAGAAACCCAGAGCCUGGAGGUCAAACUCUUGCAGAGCUGCAGAGAAACAGAAGACUGUCUAACACAACGCAAAACAGAACUUGACGAAGUCAACACUCAGGUGGUGUUGCAGCAGGAGGAGCUGUUGCUGCUGGACAGGAAGCUGGAGCAAUGGAAAAAGGAAGAGGAAGUGUUGAGACUUAGUGUGGAGAAACACAGGCAGGGCCUGCUGGAUGUGCUCAAACAGGGAGAGGAGGAUGCCCAACUCUUACACCAGCGCAUUCAGGAACUCCGUGUGGAUGUGCAGUCUCUGGCCGUGCAGAAGGGGGAGCUAGACUCUCAGUUGUCCGAGAGGAAAACCAGACUGGCACAGUAUAAGAAAGAGCAGCAGAAAGUGGAGGAAACCCUGCAGAACCUCCAAUCAGCCAUCAAAAAACAUAAAGCAGAGCUGAAGCAUGUGUUGGAAAUGAUCCAGAUGGAGACUGGGGAAUUAGAGGGCGUGAAGCUUCAACAUAACCAGAAACUGGACCAGCUAGAGAAGAGCCAGGAAACUUUGUUACAGGUGCGUGUAGAACUGCAGCGUGUGCAGCAGGAGCUGCAGGAGCAGCGUGGGGAGGCUGAGAGACAGAUGAACCUGCUGGAGAAAGAGAGAGCAGAGCUACACACCCUCCAACAGAACAGCCUCGAGCUGCAGCAGCAAACAGACACAGCAGUCCAAGAGAGGAGCAGCCUGCAGGAACAGUGCAGAAACCUGGAGGCCAGACGGACACAUGCUCAGAGGUGUUUGGAAGCAACAGAGAAAAGGGCGAGGGCUGCAGAAACAGAACUGCUUAGACUACAGACUGAGCUGGACAAACUACAACAGGAGCAGAAACAUACACACGACAGACAUCAGGAGAUCAGCAGAGACACAGCAGCCUUGCAGCAACAGCAUGAGGAGGAGUUAAGCAGAUUGAAGAAGCAGCUGGUGGAAUCUCAAACUCAGUUAGACGAGAUUAGAGAGGAGGUGAAGGCUGCCAGAAGGCAGCGUGAAGAGCUUGUGAAGCAACAGAAAGAGCAAAAGGCCGAACUGCAGGAGAAAGAGGAGAAGAUCAGGAGGAGACAACAGAGGCUGGACAGACUGGAUCAACAAGUGCAGGAGCUGAAGGCAGAAGUAGUUAUGAAACAGACACAGCUUGAAGAACAUGAAAAGCUGAUCAGGGUGCAGCAGCAGCAGAGCACUGAUCUGGAGCAGCAGCACAGGCUGAAGCAGCAGAAGCUGCAGUCCCAGCUGCAGGCAGUAGAGAGCGCGCUGGCCCUCAGGCUGGACCAGAUAGAGCAGGUCGCAGCCACAAAAAUGGACCUGCAGAGGGAGCGCAAACAGUGCAUUGCGCUACAAGAGCAGGUGGAUAAACUAGAGCAUGAGGUGAGCGAGCGGGACUCCAGACUACAGCAUGCUGUUGAGGAGACCCAUCGCCUGCAGGAGGCUCUGCUGUCUGACAGGACCAGCGCUGAGGGACGUCAGGAGGCCCAGAGGAACCACAGCCAUACAAACAGGCAAAAACUGCAGGGAAUGGAAAAGGAACGUGUGCGGCUCCAAAGGGACUUGCUGACUGUGGAAAAAGCUGCUGAAGAAAGCCAUAAACAAGCCAGAAUCCUGCAGGAACAGCUCAGAACCAUUUCCCAAGAGCUGCUCUGCCUCAAAGACAAGCUGCAGAGCCAAGAAGAGGGCAACCGUCGGCUAUGUGAAUUCAAGGACGGCGUGCGUUCUGUGAGGUCACAGGUGAAAGCGGAGCUUGACAGUGGGGUAAGGGACCUGGAGUCGCCCUCUAGUGUCUCCUCAGACACAGACAGCCUGAAAGAGAACUAUCCCGGGGUUACACUAUCCGUAGGGAACCCAGCAUACAACACUAAGGAUGAACAGUGGCGAGGCGAAGCCCUGAGGGAGAGACUGAGGCAGCAGGAGGACCAUUUGAAGGUUCAACUGCGCAGACGGAUGUUCUCCCAGCAGGAAGCUCUGAGUCAGCGCAGACUGCAGACUGAAGGCAGCAUCCAGGGUCUGCGCAGACACGUCGACAAACUGGACCAGCUCCUCGGCAACUCUUCCAAAGACUCCUAUUAUUUAAGCGACCAAGAAGCGCUUCCAAAACAUGCCAAUGUAAUUGAUCAGAAACAACGUUCCACUGAGCCUUUUGUUUUGACGUGAGCAGACAUUUGCAUAUGCAGAAAAGUGUCCGAGAAGCAUAAAGAAAGAAGGAACUAAUUUCCAUGAUUUCUGUCAGCUUAUGAAAGCAGGUGGAUACAGAGAAGCACAGAUGUUAUCAGAGGAGCAGUUUGAUUAAACCCGCGUCUACCAGAAAAGAGCACACAGAGACCAUUGAGCCAAACCCACAAGAUUGUUUUGGUUACUUCCUGCUUCAGUUCAGCCUUCGUUAUGGCAAAAAAAAUAGCCUGGCAUCAGCACUUUCCAUAAGCAAAUAAGGAAACUGAAACUUGAGGUAAAAAGAUGGUGAAAGUUUAUUCUCUACCUCUGAAAUAUGAAGUAUUUUUACCAUUUUUAACUGAUACGUGCCUUCUAAAUGUUUGCUCAUGUUAAAGUAGACAAUGCUUUGUGUUUAGUGUUUACAUGUGAAACAGAUGCAGGAAGGAAGGUCUCAUGUUUCAUCAUGUGACAUCACUGAUGUCUCAUGUGUUGCAAAAAAAAAAGAAAAACAGUCUGGAAUGAAUGAGUUCAUUUUACAUGACUGUUGUCAAAAAUGACCUUGUAUUCAAAGCCAAGAUAUGCAGAGGAUUUAUUACAGCACUUGUCUUUAUAUACAGUUUGUCUCAAAUCAAAUACAACUUAAAUUAAGUGUGCAAUACAAUUAAUAGUCUCUUUCUUUAAUUUUCACGCCUCCAGAUCAUCUCGUCUCAUCGUUAUUGCUCAUAUACAGUGCGAUCAAUCGUGUAUGUGGACAAAAACACAGUCUACAGUAUUGUUUUUAUUAACAUAAUUACAAACAAAAGUCACUUACAGAAGACAGAAGAUUGAGCAGAAGAUUAAUUUUUGCAGAUGUCAUUAAGAUGAGAAAAA